AUGGCCGACUCUGAUACUGAAGAAUUGCUAUCAGAGCGUGGAGAUGACGACGAGCUUGAUAGUUCGACCCUCUCGAAGUGGAAAUUCGUCGACGAGACGUUAGUAGAGCUCGGGAUUGAUGAUGUGGAGCAAUACCUUCUUGCAAAGGCAAGACUAGAGGUCCCCCGGGUGACUGAGCGUCUGAUGACGCGUAUGUACGGCAAACAUUCGCGUCCUCUCCAACCUGAACUUCCUGUGGAGGACAUCAUACAAUUGUGGCUAGAUCCGACCGUGCUGAUGUUGACAAAGCAGCAUAUCAAUGCAAAUCUGGAUGCCAACGAGUUUGCAACGGUGAAUGAAGUCAAAAAGUUGCUUGAAGUGGAGCUGUGGUUGUGCUUCUACAGUAUUUCGCCGACAAAGUUCUAUGCUAAAGAAAACAAGAAGUACUAUCCUCCUGCAAACAAAGCAAUGAAACGUAAGCGAUAUUACACGUUGCUGAAUGCACUUGGGACCCCAAGUGCGGCAAUUUAUAAUACUUCAGACUUUUGGAAUGCCCCAUUUUCACCGGACCGCCACUUAUCUCAAGCAAUGGAUGCAAUGCGUCGAGUGUGCCCCGAAAUUGGAUUUGUUAACGAAGUUUCGAUUGCCAGUCUGGAUGAUGAUUUGUUGAGACUUCGCUCAAAAUCGGUUGAUGAUCUCGGGCUGACGAGAACUCGAAAUCCAGCAAAAGGAUUCGGUCCUGUACAACACGGCAUCGUGUCGCUGGUCACCGGAUUAUUCUUGUGUAGUCAUGUUGCGUCAAGAGGCGAGACCGUGGUUGACGUGCUGCGAAUUCUGAUGCGCUCGCUCUGUGGUGUAUCCGCGGAUAGCCAAAUUAAACUCCCGGGGGUUGUCUUUGCUUUGGACCGUGGAUAUCAAUCUAAGGAAGUAAACCGCCAAAUUAUGGAGUGUGGCGGCAUAGUUAUCGGGACUCAUAAACGUGAUCGCAGCUUUCCGUUCACAUACGGAAAACUUGGUACUCAGGGGCAGACAGUGAUGACGGAGAAAGGUGCCAAAACUACAAAAUGGGCUACCAUGAAGAACUCUGUCAGUUCUACAAAGAUUACGUCUACGAUGUGCGCUUUGGCUUAUCGUUCUGGACUUGGUAGUGUUGUACUAUGCAACACUUCACUUAAAUCGGCUGGCCCUGGAAAAUGGUCGUAUAUUCCGUUGCCUAGACCACAACAAGCUCAUCCUGACAUGCAUGGAAACGAAUUUGCAAGUUUUGAAAGACGUGUGCUUAUUCUGACGGAAUGUCAGAGAACUCCCGACUGGUUUCUCAUGCGCCAAUUUCGCAUUACUGGGCUUGUUGCAGUUCAAAUUCUCCGCGCAAUUGCUAAGGCUUCUGAGAGUCCUGACGAGCUAGAACAAACCUCCGAGAGUCGGUGCAGUGUUUAUCACAACUUGGCACAGCACACUUCCGUUCAACUAGUGCAGAGAAUAUUAGGUAUUCUGACCGAUUCAAUCUCUGGUGAAUCCCGAUCUUCAGCUGGUAGUGAAAUUCCAUCAGAGUCGGCUCUCGGCAAAAUGAAAAACAAGGAGUUGCAACAAAUGUGUCGUGAUCAAGGACUUACAGUGUCAGGAAACAAACGUGAGCUCAUCAGCCGUCUUUUAAACGGGGAAAGUGACACAAAUUCGACAAAGAACACGAUUAAAUCUCCCGCUGCGGCACUACUUAGCGCUUGGUUCUUAGCUCCAAUAUCGUCUACGGACAUGAAAGUUGGAUCUAAGAACGAGGAAAACAUUUGCUCACGCGUACCAAGAUUUAUUGAAGCACACUCAGACUUUCGUAUUCUUCAGACGAAGUCUUAUGGUCUGCUUUGUUGCCCCGAGGAGCGCUAUUUGGCAUUUUCUCCGGAUGAUAUCGCAUUGGUAACUCGGCUCUCUAGUAAUGAUUCAUUUUUUGCUGUUCUGGAGUAUAAAACGAAGACUAGAGGCAAUACGGUCGACACAGAGCGAAAUAUUGCAGUGCGAUGCGGUAAAUUCGCAAGUGUAAAGCUGGAUUCCCAUUCUGAUAGUCGGUACUUGAAGACGUUGAUUCCCGACCAAGGGCACCGAUCUCAGCUGCUACACAACAUCAUUUCUGGGUCUAUAAGAGAUGGAUUCAUUGUGCAUGCGUCGUCAACAGCAAUAAUUCGUGUCGUUCACGUCGUAAUUGGUGACGAUAUUGUGGAUUCUUAUCGACUUGCUUUCUUGAAGAUCAAAGAAGCAUGCAUGGACUGGAUCUACACACCCGAUGCUCCCGUACCACCAUUUACAGCCGACGAAUUAGGACAUUGUGGAGACGUAUCAACGCUGAAGCAGCAUAUCUCGUUAUGGCGAAUAGUAGUGGCUAAAACCGAAGAACGUGGAGGCCCACUACCUGCAGCAAAACACAUAAUCCCCAGCGUGAUAGCGAUCUGGAAUCGAGUCAAAGGAGGAAUCGACGUGUAUUCCCGGUACCUGAAGAAUAUAAAGCCAUCGCACGAGCAUUUACCACCCCUCGCUGCUCUUUGGCUGCGGUUUUUGAUGACAUUAGUUUACAACGCGUUCCAGUCAGCCCAGUUACUCAGCGGAACCGCGUUCUUAAUGGACGAAGAUAGGUGCAAGUCCUACAGCAUCUACCAACAGCAUAAAAAUGAAAAUGCAUCAUUUCGAGAUUUCUGCCGAGAUGCCGCAAGCUGUUUGGGAGGAAACGCUAAUGACGACGACAGUAUCGAUGAGCCAAGGCGGCCGCUUUCUGAGGUUGAUACAAAUGUCUUGAGCGCGAAUGAGCUGGGAAGCAUUCUUUUGAAGCCGCAUUCGUUUGCGUACCGGGUACGUGAUCAUUUUGACGAUGACCCCGAAUGGCGGAAGCUUCGAAACUCCAGCCGAGAGCUUCACAAUGAGGUAUGA